GGGGACAGCGCAUGCGCCGCUCAGGGCCUCUCCUCUCGCCCCCAGGCAGCAGGGUUUGAGAGCACUUGUUUUAAGCCUUUGCCCCUCCGACCUUCGCUCAUGUCCCUGCUGUGUCUUUUCUUUGCCCCAAGCCAUCACUGAUGCGCCCCCAGUGGCUCCCUGGUGGAGGGUUGUAGCUGUACCUGGCGCACAGGCCCCUUGGCCACUCGCGUCUCCGGGCAUUUUCACAGGGCUGUGUCUGCCGCCUCCUUGGACUCACUGCGGCGGGCGCUGUCCGGUGGCUCUGCUCAGCAUUCCCCCUCGGGGCAUCUGUUUAAAUCUGAUACCUUGCUCCUGUCCCUGCUUUAUCUUUUAUUUUUCCCAUUAUUUCAGUUGAUAUACACCCAGAAGCCCCCUCUAAUAAAGGCGAGUAACCGUUGCUCUGUGGGCAUAAGCCCACCUUGCCCCUUAUGCUGCAAAUAGGCCUGACCCUUAUCUCGGUGGCUUCCCGCCUUGGAGCACUUGUCGGCCUCUAACCCUCACAUCAUUUCAGCUGUCCCAAGGAAUCAUUGAGAUAAUGACAGCCCUUGAAAGGAACCCCAAGCAGCAGAUGAUUUCUCAGCUGCAUAAUUUUGCUUCUGCUGGUGACACAGCCAGGUUGAAAGCAUUGCUGACACGGUCUCCAUCCCUUAUUAAUGCAACAUCCGAAAAUGGUUGGACAGCCUUAAUGUAUGGUGCUAGGAAUGGGCACCUCGAGAUUGUGCAGAUUCUUCUUGAAGAAGGGUGUGACAAAUCCAUUGCCAAUAAAUCAAGGCAGACUGCACUGGACAUUGCUAAAUUUUGGGGGUAUAAGCAUGUCGCGAAUUUACUGGCUAAUAUUAAGGGUGGGAAGACACUUAUUUCCUUGCCAAAUGAAGUGAGGGAAUGUGAAAAUUAUUUCAGCAGGACACUUUUGGACAGAAGAAGUGAUAAAAGAACAGAUUAUAAAUGGCUAAGCAAAAAACAGAGCCAUCCAACUACAAUUUACAUCCUUUUUUCAAAGUUAAGCCCACUGGUUACUUUAACAGGAGAAGAAGACAGUACCCAGCAGCCAGAAGUCAGGCUUUGUAAGCUAUGCCACAAGGAUGUCAAGGAAUAUAUGUCAGAAAAAGUCACCUUGAUUUUUCUUGGAGUAGAACUUCAACGAAAUAAAGACUUGUUAGCUACUCACAAUGGAGGAGUUUUAAAAGAAGUUGAAGAGGAUGGAUUAGUUGCUUGGUUUGCUGUUAGCAUAGAUUCUAUCUCCACUGAGCAGUUUAAACAGAAGCAUCAAGAUAGUUAUUUUCUUCAUCCUCCAAUGCCUGCACUCCUGCAGUUGCCUGAAAAAGAAGCUGGAGUAGUAGCCCAGGCUAGAUCCAUUCUCGCAUGGCACAGCCGGUAUCAGUUCUGCCCAACAUGUGGUAGUACAACCAAGACUGAAGAAGGAGGUUACAAGAAGACCUGCUUAAAAAAUGGUUGUCCCAGUCUGCAAGGUGUUCACAAUACAUCAUAUCCAAGAGUUGAUCCUGUAGUGAUAAUGCAAGUCAUUCAUCCAGAUGAGAACCAAUGCCUCUUGGGUAGAAAGAGUACGUUUCCUCCAGGCAUGUUUACCUGCCUUGCUGGAUUUGUAGAACCUGGUGAAACAAUAGAAGAUGCGGUUCGAAGAGAAGUAGAAGAGGAGAGUGGAGUCAAGGUUGGCCAUGUUCAGUAUGUCUCUUGUCAGCCAUGGCCAAUGCCCUCCUCCCUAAUGAUUGGUUGCUUAGCUGUUGCUGUGUCUACAGAAAUUAAAGUUGACAAGAAUGAAAUAGAGGAUGCCCGCUGGUUCACUAGAGAACAGGUUGUGGAAGUUCUCAUAAAAGGAAAUCAGCGUUCAUUUUUUGUGCCACCAAGUCGAGCCAUCGCACACCAGUUGAUAAAGCACUGGAUUGGAAUGAACUCGAACCUUUAAAUGCAAGGAAUUGAUUUAAUUUAAAUUACUUCGUCCAAUGACCACUAAUAUUGAAAGUAAGUUAGAAAUAAUGGAUCAUCUAGUAAAGAGUGUAACCACAGUAACUGAGUCUUAAUCCUGGCUUUUGGGUUUGCCUGGACUCACUGUCCUUUUCAGAAGUGGGUUGGAAUAGGUUAGUGCCCAUUAAUUACCCCAAACAAAAAAUAGUGUCAAGAUUUAAAUAUGUUUUUGUCUUUCACUACCACUCCUCCUUCUUACCAGCUCCUGAGUUACCUACUUUGGAUCUUUUAUUUGUUUGAGAUGUAAGGUUUAAUUUAGCCCUGAUGGAAGUGGUCCCAACUCCACAUAACUUUAUCUAAAAGCUGCCUGUUGUCUGGGACACUCUCUGUAGUUAUCUCCUUUUCUGUUAUCUUGCUUCCUUUUUUUGUCUUGUUUUCUCUUUCUUGUCCCAUAUUUUAUUCACCUUUUCAUUUUCUUCUAUCUUCAUCCUGUUCCAUUCACCCUUUAUCUGCAGUCACUUGUCACUCCCCUCAGAUCAACAAAAUACUUUUUAAAGUCUAGCAACAGUAGCACUUAUUGCAGGGGAAAUCAGCAAGUAUUAGCUGCUGCUAUAGCAUAUAUUUAUGAAGAUGCUGAAUGUGUAGCAUUUUUGUACAUCACAUGAAUAGCGUUGCAGCAAUCCAAUCUGAACUAACAUACCCACGUAGACAUACUGUACUACACUAUUAUAUUUGCAAUAAAGAAGAGUGAGGAGCUGUCCUGUCAGCGUGAUAAUCAGAUACUGGUAUAAGGCAGUGACUGUGGUAGGUGCUGUUGAGCAGAAAACAAGUGUGUGGUAGAUUGUCUUCUGGUCAGUGCAUAUUGUUUUAGAGAACUGCAAGAAAAUUAGAUUAAUUAAACUAAGCAUAAAAGAUGCAAAAAUUUAAAUGACAUCACAAAAAUGUAAAAUAAAAUGUGCUUAAUA